GCCAUAUGGAGUCUAGGGCCGCAGGAUAUAUCCAAUUUUAAUGGUAAGGCUACCUAUACGGAGUUACGAGGCUGAAUUAGGGUGCUUUGGAGUUAUAAAAGCAAGGGAUAUCCUCUGUUGGAGUAGAUCAGUAACUAUCUCCAGAGUAUCACUCAUGUUCAUACUUUUAUACCCGGGUUUAUACUUGAAAUAUUUACACCACCAACCAAUCCUAAAAGAUGAAGAGAGAGAUAAACGUUUACUGGAAUAUCGAGAAUACUAUGACCACCCAGAGUCUGGUUGAUUUAUAUCAAGUCCCCAAUGACAAGAACGACCUGAACGAAAAGCUGUCGACCCUGGAAUAUCAGGCCACCAACAUCCUCUCCAAGGCACGCAAUGCAUUUAAUCAGCAGCAAAUCCUCGAAUUAACACGGAUGGAACGAGAUACUCUGCGAAAGUUCCUUUUUAUAAAGAAAUACCGCCACUCGGAAUUCCACCAUCGAUAUAACCAUAAUCCCACCCAGAAAUAUAAUAUAAGUGACCACCAUCGAAUGACCGAAUACAUGAAAAGAAAACACCUCCAACACCCUGAAGAUAUCUGGUUCGAUAACCUUCGCGGAUUACUAGAUCUGGAUCUGGAAGAUUCCGACUGGGGAAGAAAGAUCAUGAAUAAUAUCUAUCCUGAUGAUGCAGCUUUCUUCAUUAUUCAAGUCCAGGGGAGUUUCAUGGCUUUCUGUACGCCCGAAUCAGUGGAUGAUGAGUUUGUCAUGACUCGAAAUGCACAUAUUGCUGAGGGACAGGAAUAUCACAGCUUUUUCCCAAUAUCGCCACGGCUGAUGAUUAUCCUGCGGAGUAAUCUGCUGCGAGAUGCAUCUAUCCAGAAGAGAUCUAUACUUGACGAUCUCCCCAUCCAGGUCAGCCGUAGUUCAUACACAGCACAUGUCGACUGGAAGCCUCUUUCGGAGCAUCGUUUCUUCUUUUCUUGUUUCAAGCUAUCGCCAACACACGUUUCUAUCAUAAAUCAACUUUUGCGAAAUGAACAUACGACAUCUAUUAUACACGAUUCAACAUAUACGAAAGCAUCUGCAACGUAUUUACGAGAAGAUAGAGGAAGGCGCCAUUCCUCAAAUAAAGGGAGACUAUAUGAGCAGAGGGUUAAGAAGAAUACCCCCAGUCCUGGAAGAAGUAGAAGAGGGAAGAAGUCAUCGAAGCUCCAUAUGGCACAGUAUGUGGCUAUCAAGGUUGGGAGUCAACUUAUCCAAAAGAGGCAUAUGCUUCAACUAUAUCAACUCUUCAGACCCGAAGCCGCGAUAAAAUCACUCUGGCACGACAUCGACCAAGCCAGCAAGAUGGUUCUGAUGAGGAUAAAAACCGACGUCGCUCUCCAUAAUUCUUCUCUGUCAUACACUGAAAAAGAAACUGUCAAACUGAAUAGACAGAAGCUAUUUAUGAAUCUGCCUGCUGAGCGGGUUUGGCUGUAUCUCAAGAUCUGUCGGAAUAUGUCCAAGUUUGACAAGGACGAUUUCAAGAUGCAGAUUUCUGCUUUGGAGAUUGAAGGGAUUGAGGAUGGAUAUGCAAAGUUAAUUGGCGAUUCUCCAAAGCAGGAAUUGAUUCGGGACAUGUAUCUCCAUGCUACGACUUAAUCUAUAUAACACUAUAUAAUCUACUCUACAAAUGCACCUUUUGAAUAUGCUUCAAUCUCCUCAUCCCAUACCGCGUAAUCCCCAACGUCCCAACCACACAGCACAAAGUCAACACUCCAAAUGCCAUCUCACUCUCCUCCGAGUAAUUGACGACAUUCAUACCGUACA